AUGGCAUGCUCAAAAGUAUUAUUAGGAAAUUUACCCGAAUUAACAGAAGAUAUUAUUCAAUAUUUUCGAGAUGACAUUUCAACAUUACAUUCAUGUAUUUUAGUUAAUAAAUUUUGGUGUCAAAUUACGAUUCCAUUAUUAUGGAAAGAUCCAUUUUCAAUGAAAAAUCCUAAAAAUCUUCAUUUUAUUGAAAUUUAUUUACAAAAAAUAAAUGAGAAAGACAAAGAACAAUUAAAUAGAUGUGGAAUUAAUAAUAAUGUAUUUCCUUCAAAAACAUUAUUUAAUUAUUCCUAUUUUAUUAAAUUAUUUAUUGAAAAUGAAGUUAAAUUAAAAACUUUUGAAAUUGAAAUUUCUUAUAAUUACCUUAUGAAUAAAAGAAAUUUUAAUAAGAUUUUUAGAUUAAUCUUACAAAAUCCAAAAUUCAUUAGUAAUAUAAAAAAUUUGAAACUUCAUUUUGAUAAAGAAAUUGUAAAAUAUAAAUUUGAUUAUAAUUUUUUAAAAUGUUUUUAUCAUCAUUGUAAUUUAAUUUCAUCACUUCAUAUUAGAUUUUCAGAAUAUGAAAGUUUUAGAAAUAACCAUAUUACAAUUGAAAACCAAUUAUCACAAAUUAUUAAUUCACAAAAAAAUCUUGAAAAAAUUAUUUUUAAACUUGAUAAUUCUACAAGUACAAAUAAUAAUAUAUCAUUAUAUAACAUCAUAGAAUCUAUUCAUAUACUUGAGUGUCUUAUUUUUAAUUCUAAUUUUAUUCAACAAAUCAUUGAUCUUAACAAAUUUAAAUUAACAUCUUUAUUUAUAAGGGAUGAAACUACGAGGGACAAAAAUUUACAAAUUGAAUUAAUGCAAUUAUUAUUUCAAAAAUUUGGGGAAUAUUUAGAAAAUAUUGGAUUUGGCUCAUAUGUAGAUGAUGUACUAAAAUAUAGAGCAUUAGAAUUUAUUAAUAAUUAUUGUAAGAAAAUUAAAUUUUUUGAUACAUGCAGUAUAUCUAGUGUUAAGAAAGUUCAUAUUGCAUUAGAUUCAGUCGGACAAAACCUUAAUUAUUUUUCCAUAUAUAUUUUUUAUAAUCAUGAUGAAAAUUAUAAACUUACAAUGGAAAUGAUUUUAAGAUUAGCACAUGUACUUCCUUGUAAGUUAGAAUAUUUGAAUUUAAGUUUUACUGGUACUCCGAUUAGAAAAAAUAUUUGGGAAGUAUUUUUUAAAAGUUUAGGACAUAUUUUUAUUAAGAAAUUAUUAUUCAGAAUUAAUAAUUUAUUUGAUCAUAUUUUACCAUAUAUAAAAGAAUAUAUUAUGAAAGAAAAAAGGGUUGAAUAUUUAGCUAUUGAAGCACAUAUAGAAAUCCAAGUAGGAAGUGGCACAUAUAAUAUAUAUCGGCAUAAUAAAGAGUUGUUUACUAUGACAGAUGAAUUGAAGGAAUUUGAAUCAUAUAAUAUUAAAGUUAGGGAAUAUAGUGAUUUAUGUAUUAGAGCCUAUGAAUUUAUAGAUGAGAUGUAUUAG